ACCAUUUCCAUCUUCACGUCCAGGCCAAUUAUACCAUUGCCUUGGAUAGGGGUGGAUACGCUUUUCCAAAUUCAGCAUCGCUAAUUUUGCUAAGUAGCCAACCUAACCUCAUCACAAACACCAAAAGAACCUUAUUCUGGCUUUCCUCCAUCGCCACUUCUAUUUCCUUCCUUUGAACAGCUAGCAUUCUCUCCCCUUCCUCUCUACAUUUUGUCUAUUUAAGCUAUCCUAGAAAACUCUCCCCGUCUUGAAGCCGUUUUGCAAAUGGCGGAACCCUACCCAAGCCGGUCUCCUGUUGAUCAGGAGGACCCCGGGUACGCCCCUCUUGCCGGCGGGGAGGAGCCGAGGGACCACCGCCGACCGAUCCGGGCGAUCUUGGCGGUGGGACUUUCUGUGUUGCUGGUCGUGGGGAUAGUGAUCGGCUUCUCGACCGACACAAGCCCGGAUGUCUGCGCGGAGGUCAAUUCUGCUCGGCUGGAGCCGUUCCUCCUGGGAGGAGCGGGGCAGAGGUCGGUGCCGGUCAAGACGGUGGUCAGGCCGGUGCCUCGCGGCGUGAAGGAAGGAGUGUCCGCGAAGUCAAACCGGGUCUUCGCUGGUGCCAACCUGCGGGGCUUCCCGUGGAACAACAGCAUGCUGUCGUGGCAGAGAACGGCUUACCAUUUCCAGCCGGAGAAGAACUGGAUGAAUGAUCCCAACGGUCCCAUGUAUUACAAAGGCUGGUACCACUUCUUCUACCAAUACAAUCCGGACGCCGCCGUCUGGGGCAACAUCGUGUGGGGCCACGCCGUGUCGGAGGACCUGAUCCACUGGCUCUACCUCCCCCUCGCCAUGGUGGCCGACCAGUGGUACGACAUCAACGGCGUGUGGAGCGGUUCCGCCACGGUCCUCCCCGACGGCCAAGUCAUGAUGCUCUACACCGGCUCGUCCAACGAGUCCCAGCAGCUCCAGAACCUCGCCUACCCUGCCAACCUCUCCGACCCGCUCCUCAUCGACUGGGUCAAGCACCCCGGCAACCCUAUCCUAGCGCCUCCGCAGUGCAUCGACAAGUUGGACUUCCGUGACCCGACGACCGCCUGGUACACGUCCGGAGGCAAAUGGCGCUUCGCAGUCGGGGCCAAGAUCAACAAGACGGGAGUGUCGUUUGUGUACGAGACCGAGGACUUCAAGAGCUACAAGCUCUUGCCGGGCCUGCUCCAUGCCGUCCCCGGGACCGGCAUGUGGGAAUGUGUGGACUUUUUCCCGGUCUCGGAUGACGGGUUGGACACGUCGGUGAAUGGUCCGGGAGUGAAGCACGUGAUGAAGGUUAGCCUCGACGACGACAGGCACGAUUACUAUGCGAUCGGGACUUACAACGAGGAGGCCAACACUUGGGUCCCGGACAGCCCCGAGAUUGACGUGGGGAUCGGGAUUAGGUAUGACUACGGUAUAUUCUACGCCUCGAAGACGUUCUACGACCAGAACAAGAGUAGGCGGAUCUUGUGGGGUUGGAUCACGGAGUCAGACAGCGAGUACGCCGAUGUGCAGAAAGGAUGGGCUUCACUUCAGGCACUUCCGAGGACAAUUGUUCUCGACACGAAGACCGGAAGCAACCUGCUUCAGUGGCCGGUGGAGGAAGUAGACAGCUUGAGAUUAAGCAGCAAAGAAUUCGACAGCGUAGAGGUUGAAGCCGGGAUGGUGGUGCCUCUAGAUGUCGAAACCGCCACACAGGUGGACAUCGUGGCAGAAUUUGAGCUGGACAAACAGGCCCUAGAGGCGGCACCCGAGGCUGAUGCCGAUUAUGUUUGCAGCGCCAGCGGUGGGGCCUCUCAACGAAGUGCUCUAGGACCGUUCGGCCUCUUGGUUCUUGCAGACGAUGACCUAUCCGAGCAGACUCCUGUGUACUUCUACGUCGUUAAGGGACCGAACGGCACCCUCAAGACUUCCAUCUGCACUGACCAAUCGAGAUCUUCCGUGGCAACCGAUGUCCACAAGCAAGUCUACGGAAGCUUCGUCCCGGUACUUGAAGGCGAGAAGUUGUCGCUCAGAAUACUGGUGGAUCACUCGAUCGUAGAGACCUUCGCACAGGGAGGGAGGAGCUGCAUCACGGCCCGCGUUUACCCAACCAAGGCCAUCUACGGGGCCGCCCGGGUCUUCUUGUUCAACAAUGCCACCGAGGCUAAUGUCAAGGCCUCGCUCAAGAUAUGGCAGAUGAACUCUGCUUUCAUCCGCCCGUACAGCCCCCAGUGAUCGAAACGGAAGCAGAAAAAAGAUUGGACAUAAGGAUCGCGCAAUUUUAUUUUAUUUUUUUGUAACGUUCCCUUUGUUGAUGAGCCUGUACAAGUUGUAUCAGUCCCACCAUCUUCAGUUCACAAGAUGGGCAGGGGACCUUCAUUUCCAUUUUUGAGCGGACGAGUGGCAGAAGAAAAAAGAAAAAAAAAGAAGACAAGCGUCUGAGAUGAUGCGGUUAAACGACAGAGAAAUUUCACUGUUCAUUUGCUGUUAUU